CAGCUCUAACGUUUAGGAUUGUCGCCACGUGCCGAAUUUGCUGUCCCCGCGACUAGGUUUCCCAGCGGCGGGAGCGCUGCCCCGCUAAUCAGCAGUCCCCAAACUUUCCCUCGGCCGGGGCGAUGGCGAGGCUGCCCCGGCGGGCGGAAGCAGACCUUGGCCAGGGCACAGACCCUUCUGGCAGCUUCCCUCAGCUGUUGAAGAAGUUGAAGCCAAAGAUAUUGAGUGCCUUGCCUGAGACCAUUCUGCUGCAGGAACCAAGAACCUAUGGAAACAACUGUUGAUGAAUUUCCCUUGGAACCACCAGAAUCUUGGAUAGUGCCUGAGAUGGCCACAGUUGUGCCCGCCACUUCAGUCUCUUCAGUUGGAUUUGUGAGGCCUGACACCCCCAGUAUCAGAAGAAAUCUGUGGUUGCAAGUGACAAGAUUCAGCCCAAACUGAGUUAGCAAAUCCAGUCUCAAAUGAAUCUGACUUGAAAAUUCCAAAGGUUGUGUUGUUCAUAUUAUAUUGGAAGGUGGUGAUGUCAUAAUUGCAUCUGACAUCAUGUGUUGUCAAGGCAACCUAUUGAAGAAUUACUAUAUAAUCAUUGGCCUCUGGUAACCUCCUCAGUUGAGGCCAAGGAGUCCUCUUCAAGUAACACCCAUAAGCAUCAGGACGGAUUGAAUCCUGAGCCUCCAGCCCAGGCUGAAAGAUUCACCAACCAGCCAAAUUACAGUCCCCACAAAAGGAAAAUCAGAAUUACCAUUGUUCUGCCAUUGACUCCUGCUAGAUGACAAACUGAGCUACUGCAAAACAGGAGCACAUGCAAGCUAAAGGGACAGAUUGUGGCAAUAUUUAAAAAUAUCACAACUCUCUAAAUAAGAACCAGCUCUGGUAGAUCUUCUGUGCUUCUACUGUGGGGCUAGGACAACACAUCCGUGCUCAGCAAGAGGACAUCCAGGGAACAUCUGAUUAAAGGCUGGAAACAUCAUUCUAUGAAUAUCAAGACCUCAACAUUCCAACAUUCCUCAUAGAGAACGUUUUUGGGGGCGAGGAAAGACCUCUACACUGGCCAAGCAAAAAAACCAGGGUCUGUGACUGAAGUGGCUCAGCUAAGGAGCGGUUCUCACAGCUAUUCGCACCAUCUGGGAAUACGAAAGUGAAGCUUUUUUAACACCAUCUAGAAGACAUGGGCUGCGGGAGUUCAAUUAGAAUCAAGAAAACUGCGAAAACAAUAAAAGCCGCGUUGAUCAUCCAAAAUUGGUACCGGGGUUACAGCGCUCGGCUGAGGACCAGAGAACGUUAUGCUCUCACCGUCUUCCAGUCCCUUGAAUAUGCUGAUGAACAAGGCCAAUUACAGUUAUCGAAUUUCUUUUCCUUCAUGUUGGAAAACUAUGCAGGUAUAAAAGAGAAAGAUCCAGCAAUAGUAAAUCGACUAUUUGGUUGUUCCUUCCCAGAUGAAAGGAGUAAGUUGGACUGUAUAGGAGUGAUAGAGGUCCCAGACUCCUAUACUGGCCCUCGGCUGAAAUUUCCACUCACUCCUGAUUCUCUUCAUCUACUGAUUGAGGGCUUUAAGAAGCAGCAGAUACUCCAUGCCUCUUAUGUUUUAGAGAUACUAUUUGAAACUAAGGAAGCCCUGAUGCAAAUGCCAAAUCUUAAUCGUAUAAGAACUUAUCCCACCAGAGAGAUAACAAUUUGUGGUGAUUUACAUGGAAAAUUAGAUGAUCUCCUUUUGAUCUUCUCCAAGAACGGCCUCCCUUCAUCAUCCAACCCAUAUGUUUUUAAUGGUGAUUUUGUAGACCGAGGAAAAAAUUCCAUUGAGAUCUUAAUGAUCUUGUGUGUGGGUUUUCUUCUCUAUGGCGAUGACCUGUGCUUAAACAGAGGAAACCAUGAAGAUUUUUUAAUGAACAUGAGGUAUGGCUUCACAAAAGAAGUCUUGAGUAAAUACAAGGUACAUGGGGAAAAAAUCUUAAAAUUCUUGGAAGACGUUUUUGCCUGGCUGCCAGUUGGUACAAUCAUUGAUGAAGAAAUCCUGAUCACGCAUGGUGGGAUAUCAGAGUCCACAGAUUUGGUUUUACUCAAUAAUAUAGAAAGAAACAAACUGAAAUCUGUGCUGAUGCCACCGGUUCCAUUGGAUAAAAGCAGCCCUGUUGAAACGAGGAGACAUAGAGCGCGUAAUCCGCCACGGGGAAUCCAAAUGACUGGAUCCCCUUCUCAGUAUUUAACAAAGUAUGAGUGGGAACAGGUCACCGAUGUUCUGUGGAGUGAUCCUAGGGAGAAACGAGGCUGCUAUCCAAACACAUGCCGAGGAGGGGGCUGCUAUUUUGGGCCAGAUGUUACCGCCAAAUUUCUUAGGAAACACCGCUUGAAACUGCUCAUCAGGUCUCACGAAUGUAAGCCCGAUGGGUAUGAACUCUGCCACGAUGGGAAGGUCAUUACAGUAUUUUCUGCUUCUAAUUAUUAUGAAGAAGGCAGCAAUCGAGGAGCUUACAUCAGGGUGGGAUUUCGUAUGACCCUCCAGUUCUUCCAGUACCAAGUAACAAAGGCAACGUGCAUCAGUCCUCUUUACCGAAGGGUGCACACUAUCGAAAGUAGUGCCAUGAAGAUAUUAAAGGAGAGAAUGAUUGCACGAAAAACUGACCUUGUUAAUGCUUUCCAACAUCAAGACCGUGAGAAAACAGGAAAAAUUUCUAUGGGCCAAUGGGCUUUUUCUAUGGAGACCGUUUUGGGGCUGAAGUUACCAUGGAGAUCCCUGAGUACACGUCUGGUUAUCACAGACAAAGAAGGGAAUGUUGACUACAUGUCCUGCUUCAAUGAUAUGCACAUUCAAAAACCUGUGAAAGAGGUUCAGUCAGCUCUGAUUGAAACUCUUUACAGAUACCGAUCUGACCUGCAAAUCAUCUUUAAAGUCAUUGACUCUGAUCACUCAGGUCUGAUCUCCAUGGAGGAAUUUCAUACCAUGUGGAAACUUUUUAGUAGUCACUACAACGUUUGUAUUGAUGAUUCCCAAGUUGAUGAACUUGCUAGAAGAAUGGACUUGAACAAAGAUGGAAGCAUCGACUUUAAUGAAUUUUUUAAGGCAUUCUAUGUAGUGCACAAACUUGACAGCUCGACCAAAACAAAUGCCGGGCCUGUUUAACAAGAACUAGGGCUUUCCUUCCUUAUGAGCAUGGUCACUGAUAUAGUCUUUUGCAGAACCAGUAGCAGAAAGAAGUAGACCCCAAUUUCCACCAUGAGCAGAUGUAUAUAGUGUGGGUACUGGAAGUUUCUAGUAAGCUGUUGUAGUUAAGACUAGCUUAAAUGUCAGCUCCAGUGGUAGGACUCACAAAUUUCUAGCUAUAAUGUGGAUUUGAGCCUAGUUUUGGUCUCUUUGACGUCCGCUAACCAAGACACCAGAGCAGUUUGGAAACAUACUGAAAGAAACUCAGAGUGCACAGAAAACACUACACCAUCUGUGAGUGGCCAAGGAAUAGGAGGAGGGAUACUAAGCCAUUAAUGUAAUAAAAUAUGUCCAGCCUUCAA